CUGUUAAUCACGCGAAGGGUUAUGGUGCAAGUCCGACCAAACAUCGCGCAAGUGAUUGCUGCUUGCAAUUACUGACUCUAAGUCUGAACCACUUGCGCUGCUCCAGCAAGGCCUGACUGCCACUGCAUAUCAGCAGUGUUUCCGAUCUUGGGCUUGUCAGAGCGCAGAUCAACCUUAUCUGCGCUAUCAAACACAUUAGCAAGCCAACGGUCAUGGUCCAAGCAUCUGUCCGACCCGUUGUAGAGCCAUGGAUAUCAGAUCGUGAGUUGUGCCUUCCCAGAACUUUUGCGCCCUGGGGAAAGCCACGUAUCAAGUGCCGAUGCUGCCCUUCAACAAUUCUAUCCAUUCUGUUUGGAGGGAAUUUUCCCUUGGCAGUAUCACUCGGCUCAGUAUUAUUGAAACACCAUACCACUCCACUUUCACGGGGACUUCAGGAAUUAUCCAGCUACCGGACGUUUCGACCUCUUGACCCUCCGGCCCCUUUCAUUCGGUCACGGCUUGAGAUCUUCACCUGGGCAGCGCGUUUACGCCACUCGCUAUUCGCGACCACUAACGUCCAUAUACGAUCGUGUGUAAAUGAUUUGUUACGGAGUCGAUGGAAUGAAAUGUUUCACCCAAAAUUCAUAUCCUCGCCGUCGUUCCAAUCUGUUUCUCCACUCAUAUGUCCACCCAUCCUGAAGUCGUCCGGUCUCGGAAACAGUGGUAUAUGUCUCCGAAUCUUUGCUGAACGACGGUCCAGACGUGGUCGACUUGUAAUGAUUCUUGAAGCUACAACCGUAGAAAGUCUCGGAAUACUGGCGGAUGACAUCCAACCUUCCAACGGUCAUCUCGCAACUGCCCCUUUCCGCAAAGGUUCCUCUGCUGUCCUUUGUAAUGAUUGAGAUCCCACUUCUUUGUGAAAUGACGACGGAGACUGCUCAGGACAUACGAUUUGAAGUUCGUCUGCACUUCGACCACUCUGACUAUCGUUUCGACAAAUUCCGUAUUCGCGAGCAAUCAAAUGGAAAUGAGACUCUGUCAAUCGUACACACUGGGCCACCGACAACAUUGCAUAUCUGGGAGC